GCUAAGUCUUUCCUGUCUUGUUUCAGCUCUGGAUGAAGGAGAUAUUGCCUUGCUGAAAACCUAUGGCCAGAGCACAUACUCGAGGCAGAUCAAGCAAGUAGAAGAUGAUAUUCAACAACUGCUCAAGAAAAUCAAUGAGCUCACUGGGAUCAAGGAAUCUGACACUGGGCUGGCUCCUCCUGCCCUUUGGGACCUGGCUGCAGAUAAGCAAACUCUCCAGAGCGAGCAGCCAUUGCAAGUUGCAAGGUGUACAAAGAUCAUCAAUGCGGACUCCGAGGAUCCCAAGUACAUUAUCAAUGUCAAGCAGUUUGCCAAAUUUGUGGUGGAUCUCAGUGACCAGGUGGCCCCUACUGACAUAGAAGAAGGCAUGAGAGUUGGGGUGGACAGAAACAAAUAUCAGAUCCAUAUCCCCUUGCCUCCCAAGAUUGAUCCCACAGUCACCAUGAUGCAAGUAGAAGAAAAACCAGACGUCACUUACAGUGAUGUUGGUGGUUGUAAAGAGCAGAUUGAAAAGCUGAGAGAGGUGGUUGAAACCCCUCUGCUUCACCCUGAAAGAUUUGUUAACCUUGGAAUUGAGCCUCCCAAAGGAGUGCUUUUGUUCGGGCCACCUGGUACAGGCAAAACACUUUGUGCUCGUGCUGUUGCUAACAGGACUGAUGCCUGCUUCAUCAGAGUGAUUGGAUCUGAAUUGGUGCAGAAGUAUGUGGGAGAGGGAGCUCGAAUGGUUCGUGAACUCUUUGAAAUGGCCAGAACUAAAAAAGCUUGUCUGAUAUUCUUUGAUGAAAUUGAUGCCAUUGGAGGUGCUCGUUUUGAUGAUGGGGCUGGGGGUGACAAUGAAGUGCAGCGAACCAUGCUGGAGCUGAUCAACCAGUUGGAUGGGUUUGACCCACGAGGCAACAUCAAAGUGCUGAUGGCUACAAACAGACCCGAUACUCUGGAUCCAGCCCUGAUGCGGCCUGGCAGGUUGGAUAGGAAGAUAGAGUUUAGCUUGCCUGAUCUUGAGGGGCGAACUCACAUAUUCAAAAUUCAUGCUCGUUCAAUGAGUGUUGAGAGAGACAUAAGAUUUGAGCUGUUGGCUCGACUGUGUCCUAACAGCACAGGUGCUGAGAUUCGCAGUGUUUGCACAGAGGCAGGCAUGUUUGCUAUCAGAGCACGUCGAAAAAUCGCCACAGAGAAAGACUUCUUGGAAGCAGUGAACAAAGUUAUUAAAUCGUAUGCGAAAUUCAGUGCUACUCCCCGCUACAUGACCUACAACUAAUACCUUGGGAUGUUACUCCCGUUCCUGUAGUUAAACUUUCUGUGAAACAAAAAUGCAAGUGUAGUAAUUCGCAUCUUGUCCUUGGGAAGCUAGAAAUAAAUGGAGUAUACCAAACA